CGCCUCUCAGCAACGGCAGUUACGACGGGCCUUCGAACGACGUGCGACUUCUCGCCAAACCGUCCUCAGUCGCCAGCCGGCCGCGUUCUUUCGGAUGCUAAUAACAAACGAAUACCCGUCCGCGCGUCUUCCCCUCCGUCCGUCCGCGUUCAUGCCGUCUCUGUAGUUUAGCCGAUAUUUUAAUAAUUCACCAGGGUGACAGUCCAGUUCAUCACUAGACUCGGUGUUUUGCAAUUUCUCUUCUUUUAUUUUUUUUAAAUCAAUUUUUAAUGUCAUCCUUAUCGCGAAGCAUGGCCACUUUUAAGAUUCACCAGGACGAAGAAAACAUCGCUCCUGUCGGCAAAUCGAAGGCGUCGACAGCGAAUUUCAACAAGCAACGCCCUGUCUUGAGUGUCAUCAGCGCCAAUUUGGACUCAGAGGCAGUGCAGAACAGGACUAAAAAAAUCAUCACUGAUCAAAUUGUAAAAGAUCCAGUGCUAAAAAUCAAGGAAACAGUGGAUGAGAGCAAGUUAAAAAAAGAGUUAUCCAAUUUGACCGUUUCUUCAGAUGAUAAGGAAAAUCCUACUGUUGCCAAAAAAGUUGUAACGCGGACACCUUUAAAAGAAUUAGUUAAAAUCCCAUUAGCAGUAGCAGAGGAUAAAAAACAAAACAAAUAUGAUUCGCCUAUGUCUAUCGAUGGUUCACCAAAAAAUAUUGAGUUAAUUGCUAGUAAAGCAAAGCUUGAAGAACUGUAUUCUUGUUUGAUAUAUAGAGAUGACAUUUAUAAAUACCUCAAACAAUUAGAAACUCAAUUUAGGCCAAAAGCGUAUUAUAUGAAACGGCAACCGGAUGUAACAUAUUCAAUGAGAACAAUUCUUGUUGAUUGGCUGGUUGAAGUUGGAGAAGAAUACAAACUUCACAAUGAAACAUUAUUUAUGGCUGUGUCUUUCCUAGACAGAUUUUUAAGUAGCAUGGCAGUCGCACGUGCCAAACUACAACUUUUAGGGACAUCUGCAAUGUUUAUUGCAGCGAAGUUUGAAGAAAUAUUUCCACCUGAGGUUUCCGAAUUUACAUAUAUAACAGAUAACACUUAUACAAAAAAACAAGUAUUAAGGAUGGAAAAUUUAAUACUGAAAGUUUUAUCUUUCGAACUUUCUGCACCAACUUGUUGUACUUUCAUUACCCACAUUGCUGCAAGCACAAAACUUCCAGACAAAAAUUUGUUUCUUGCUAUGUACAUUUGUGAAUUAACUUUGCUGGAAGCAGACCCGUACUUUGACUUCUAUCCGUCUAUUAUUGCUUCUGGUGCCAUUGCAUUGGCAAGACACUGCUUAGGUUUUAUUGAAGUAUGGCCCGUUAAUUUAGCCAGAACCACAGGUUAUACUCUUUCUCAGUUGUCUCAAGUUAUUGUACACCUAAAUGAAACUCACAAUAAGUCAUUUACAUCGAAACAUGUAGCAAUUAGGGACAAGUACAAAGCUGCAAAGUUUGAAUCAGUUUCACAAAUACCUUUUAAAAAAUUAAUAAUAAGAGAAUAACUUAAUUUGUUCAAGUAUUUACAAUUCAAAUUUGUUCGUACAGUGACUUAAGACAAAUACUGAUAAUUUGUUUGUAAUAAUUGUCUACUUUGUACUCAAUAGUAAAAUAAAUUGUUUUCAAUGAAAAUGGA